AUGGCAACCCCAGCUACAUCCUCGAUCCCAACACCCACUCCCUCCUCCCUCAGCAACCGAAUCUCCACCUCCACCGACGCGAACCCCGUCGCCGCAACAACCCACCAAGUCCUCCACAGCCUGCAGCACCAACACCAAUGGACAUCGCUCCAGAUCCAUGAGAUCGACACGAAAUUUUCAAUCCCCUUGAUCUCGGGCAUCCCGCCGCACCGCGUCUACACGCACCCAGACGAACAGCUGUACAUGGUCGAGCGGGGCCUGCGCGAGGAAGACGUUGAGCUGGAUCGCAUGUUUGUUUUGCCCACUGUCCAGGGUCAGGCAUGGAGUCUUGAGAGAAUGGCGGCUGUGUUCGAUGCGCUGCCUGAACCUGCUGAAGAGAACGAAGCUGAGGCGGAGGUGGAAGAGCAGACUGAGGCUUCAGAGGCUGUGGAUGCGGACAAGGCUGCGAAGUUGGCCGAGUACUACGAGUAUCGGGCCAAGGCGCGUCGUACAGGGGAAUGGGGUUCGAAGAGGUUGCUUUUGGCCGUGAUUGAUAAGGGAAUGGGAGGCGAUGGAACGGUCGUGUACUAUGUUGUUCAGGAGGGAACUGUCAAGCCCAGGCAGAACUAG